AUGGACGCACGACAGGAAUGAUGGCCUCACGCAUCUUUUUGUUCAUUCCACAGUUAUUCGGUGCCCUGGUCCUUGGCUGGGAAUGCCAUGCUGUCUCUCGUCACGGUGGAGCUCUCUACAACGGUUCGUUAACCACGGAAGCAAAGUUUCAAGACAUCUGUGCCUCACCUACCUCAUCUUAUCCUGGCGACUGCUGCUUGCCACCAAAUGAGAUGCUCCCUGUCGACCAGUGCCUCACCAGCAACGGUACAGUUGGUGACCCUUACGACGAAGCUGCAAUGGCGGGCGCUUUCCCAGCUUCCAUGUGUCCGUACGCUGCCGCCCUCCUCUGGCAGGGUGGUUACGUCACUGGUCAUUUGUCACCUGAUGUGCACUGCGCAUCUUCAGCGUCUUCAGCUGCGCCGAUAGCGAGUCAGCUUAAAGCCAGCGCUCCGAACGAAAUCUUCAGUGGGCAUGGACGCACGACAGGAAUGAUGGCCUCACGCAUCUUUUUGUUCAUUCCACAGUUAUUCGGUGCCCUGGUCCUUGGCUGGGAAUGCCAUGCUGUCUCUCGUCACGGUGGAGCUCUCUACAACGGUUCGUUAACCACGGAAGCAAAGUUUCAAGACAUCUGUGCCUCACCUACCUCAUCUUAUCCUGGCGACUGCUGCUUGCCACCAAAUGAGAUGCUCCCUGUCGACCAGUGCCUCACCAGCAACGGUACAGUUGGUGACCCUUACGACGAAGCUGCAAUGGCGGGUGCUUUCCCAGCUUCCAUGUGUCCGUACGCUGCCGCCCUCCUCUGGCAGGGUGGUUACGUCACUGGUCAUUUGUCACCUGAUGUGCACUGCGCAUCUUCAGCGUCUUCAGCUGCGCCGAUAGCGAGUCAGCUUAAAGCCAGCGCUCCGAACGAAAUCUUCAGUGGGCAUGGACGCACGACAGGAAUGAUGGCCUCACGCAUCUUUUUGUUCAUUCCACAGCUGCAAGGGAACCGGAGGUAGAACUCACUUCCGGUGGAUGAUGACCGGCCCAGACUUGAGUGGUAUUGUGCGCAAUAAAGUCUGCAGACUGCAGUAAUCCGCGCUAUUUGCGGGCGGCCAAUUUAUCACCGUGUAAACACUACGGUAUCCCA